UCCCAGCUACUGGGGAGGCUGAGGCAGGAGACUCACUUGAACCAGGAGCCAGAGGUUGUAGUGAGCUCACGCCACUGCACUCUAGCCUGGGCCCCAUGCUAGACUCCGUGCCCUGCACCCCACCCCAAAAGAAUGUGUGUGUGAUUAAAAUUUAAGUUAGAGACAGUCUCACUAUGUUGCCCAGGCUGGUCUCAAACUCCUGGCCUCAAGUGAUCCUCCUGCCUUGGCCUCCCAAAGUGCUAGGAUUACAAGGGCUAAGAAUUCUAGUCAUUCAUUCACUCACUCAUUCAUUCAUUCAUUCAUGAAUAAACAGUUUGCCCUGCAUGUGUACCUGGCCCCCUCCUGGGCGGAUACGGCAGGCAAACGGUGCAAGGGCGGCUGCCGGGAGAAGGUGGGCAGCUGGAGUGGGACUGGGGGAGACAGGAUCAAUGUGACCUGCGGUGGUCCCCAGGUGGCCGGGAUGCAGUACCUGCACGGCGUCCUGGGCCCCAUCAUCAACAAGGUGUUUGAGGAGAAGAAGUACGUGGAGCUGGACCCCAGCAAAGUGGAAGUUAAGGAUGUAGGGUGCUCCGGGCUGCACCGCCCGCAGACCGAGGCCGAGGUGCUGGAGCAGAGCGCGCAGAGCUGCGCGCCCACCUGGGGGCCCUGCUGA